UAUUCAUUAUUAGUUUUGGUUUUUAUGUUCUUUGUAAAACUUUUCAUAAAAUAUAUUGAACCGCACCCAUCCCCCCCCAAAGGGUGUGAUCACUUUCCAUUACUGAGAAAGGAAGGUUUUUGUACACAAGUUCAGAAUGCAGUUAUGCAGGAAAUUCAUAUUUUUAAGGAUUGCAAAAAAGGGGGAAAAUGUUGCUCAUUCUUGUAUAUUCUCUUGAAUUCUUCCUAACUUUUAGCAUUCAGUAUCCGCUGCUGCUGCUGCUUCAUCUGUGGUUUACAGUGUGAUCUUAAAUUACUUGUGAUGUACAGUAUUCCUUUUUUUAGCUGCUCUCUUCUUUUCCACUUUUAUGCAGUUUAUUCCUGAAACAUGUUUCAUCAGUCCUGAAAACUACAAUGUCACCUGAUGAGAUUGUCUACUUGGCGGUCCUUCUCACCUCUAUACCUGUUGGUUUCCUCUUCAAACAAGUUGGUCCAAAGACCAAAAAAUACGGAGCAGCUGUUGUAGGAAUUAUACUUAUUCUGGUGACUUGCCACAUUCACAUCCUUCAUUCUCUUAUCACCAUACUGGGUACAUGGCUUAUUAUCAAUAUCUCACCAAGGGCUUGUCAUCACCUGACGCUGGGAUGGACAUUUUCCUACUUACUUUUUUUCCGCACAGUUACUUACUUCAACUAUCCAGAGCCAACACCAUUCACCAAUGCUGUGCAACUUUUGCUCACUCUUAAGCUGCUGAGCGUAGCCAAUGAGGUACAAGAACUCAUUCAGGCGAAGAAACAGGAAAUGACAACCUUCACCAAAUCUCCAAUGAUUGGUACAGUUCUCCAAAAACCAGGGUUGGUGGAGAUACUGUGCUACAGUUACUGCUAUGUGGGGCUUAUGACAGGCCCAUUUUAUCGCUACCGUACGUAUCAUGACUGGUUGAGCCAGAUUGAUCCCUCUGUUAUUCCUAGUUGGCGGCCGAUGCUUUCCAGAUCCAGAAUGAUCCCCAUCUUUGGGAUAUUUUUCCUGGUUGUCUCCCACUUCUUCCCCCUUGAUUACGUCCGAAGCGAUGCCUUCUACGAGAGAGAACUCCCUUUCCGCCUCUUCUACAUGAUGCCCAUUUUCUUUGUCUUCCGUAUGCGUUUCUAUGUUGCCUGGCUUUGCGCCGAGUGCGCCUGCAUUGCUGCUGCUUUUGGUGCCUAUCCAGUCACUGCCAAAUCUCGGUCAGGUGGAGGACCUACAGUGGAAUAUGAGCCUUUAAGUCACAGAUCAGCUGACGGGGAAGCAUCCAGUGUUGCCUACGAUUAUGAGACAAUCAAAAACAUUGAUCCACAUGGAACAGAUUUUUGUGUCAAAGUAAAGGAUGGCAUGCGCUAUUGGAACAUGACUGUCCAGUGGUGGUUGGCACAAUACAUCUACAAAAGUGCACCUUUCCACUCCUAUGUCAUGAGGAGUGCCUGGACAAUGCUUAUCUCGGCCUACUGGCAUGGGAUCCACCCUGGGUACUACAUCAGCUUCCUUACCAUCCCGCUCUGCCUAGCAGCUGAGGGGGCCAUGGAGAGUGGAUUCUUGAAGCACCUCUCCCCGUCUGGGCGUCUUUGGGGUGACUGGAUACAGUGGUUCCUGAAGAUGAGGGCCUAUGACUACAUGUGCAUGGGUUUUGUGUUGCUUACCUUUGAGGAUACCAUUCGCUAUUGGAGCUCGGUCUAUUACUGUAUCCAUGUGGCAGCUGUGUUUUUCUUCCUGCUGGGAACGCUGUUGGGGACCCAGAGGAAACGGGGGCCCCCAAAAGAUAAACAGGGUGCUCCAGAGAAUCCCAAGCAACAGGAAUGAGAGGGCAAAGUAAUGUUGCUGUAUACCCACAGCAAGGAAUUCUACCAUAGACACCGGAGGCUAAGGGAACAAAUAAGACUAGUAAGUCUAGUUUUGAUAUAUGUCAUGACUGUAGGUGGGGAUUGAAGGAAGUAAUCUGAGGUGUAACUUGGAAAAUCCUACUUUUGGUCUGGUUUGUGACAAGGCGAUUUAGAAAUCCUAAAAAUAUUGCCACCUAGGCUAUUCUAUUCAACACCAGGGGAUUCUGAGAAAAGGAAACUUCUCCAGAUGUUAACUUCUAACCCAAUGUUUCUCAGUCUCAGCAAUUUUAAGAUCUAUGGACUUCAACUCACAUGGGGAAUUCUGGGAGUUGAAGUCCAUCCCUCUUAAAGUGGUUGAAGCUGUUCUGACCCUCCCUUUUGUUAGGUUUCUUUCUACCUUUCACUCUACUUCCAUAAAGUUUAGAAAUCUUCUGACUCCUCUAUAAUCUUGCUUUUCUUUUCAUUUAUUUUUAAGUCCAAACCUCAGCCAUUUUAUAGGAUAGAAUAGGGUAACGGAAUUAUAACCCCAACAGGUUAUGGAACUUCAACUCCCGAGAACUCCAGCCAAGUUUAACAAUAUUAUAGGCAAUGGAAUAUAUACUAUAACUGCAUAGCAUUGAGAGGAUCGCACAUUCUCUCUCCUUUAACCCGUAGGAUUUUUAGUUCUGUGAUACACAUUCUGUAACUAACUGAUCCCUGAUUUUCACUGUCAUUUUUAUUUUCUUUAAAUGUCAUAGUAGCCUUGAAAAUAUCUGCAUAUCUAGUGGGAUUUUUUGAAAGGGUGAAUUUGGGACUUUGUCCUUUGGGUAGAUAAGAGAUAAGGCUGUCAUUUGAGCUGCAAAAAUCAGGAUGGUCACUAGAAGACAACUUCCAUCCAAUGAUCAUCCAGAUUUUGGCAACUCAGAUUUGGUAAUUAUACAGAAAUGCGAAGAUUUAACAACAACAACAAAAAGCUCCAUCCAAAUGUUUUUGAUCACUUGUACAGAGAGAUGUGCAAAAAUGUGUUAGAUCUCACAAAAUCUUGAAUCAGUGACCCUGUUGUUAAAAGAGGCGAGAUUCUGGAAUGUAAGAAGAUUUUUACAGGGCUGGAACCUGUUACACAAAAGUGAUAGAAACACAAAGAUUAGUUUGCUAAUAUACAGGUACAGGUGGGGCUGGUGAACUAGUAAAGAAAUCAGAUGUUGCACACAAGGACUGCCGUAUUUAAGUAUGUUACUUUUAAAUAUAAGGAACAAAUGCAUGUUUGGGGGUUUGUUUGUUUUUAGCCACAAUAUUUGGGGCUGAAAAAAAAUUAAACUUUUUAGGGCAUAGAGGGCUGUGUCUUAUGGAACCUAAAAUGUGUACACUGAGUAUAAAAAGGUGGGUUUUAGUUUGCAAAAGAUAAACAAAUAUAUUAACUACCAGAAAAAUGAUUGCUCAGGUAAUACGUUUAUGUCUUAAGGAAAACUAUACAUGAACCUGCUUGUGUUUGCAUUAUUUUUGGUCCAAACUAGUAUUUUAUUGGAAGAUACUUGGAAAAUAAAAAAAAAAAUUUUUUUUAAGAAACACACAAAAA